AUGUCACCAGAAAAAGAAAUAAUAAGACCUUUUACAAUGAAUAUUGACUUUUCAACUCAGAAAAUCAAUAUUUUCAAAUCUAAUAUUGUAUCUGGAACUAUAGAUAUUAAAGUAAAAGUUACAUCAAAGUAUACCACACCUAGAUUAAAUCUUUGGAUGAGAAAAGAUCCAUUGUCAAAUGAAGAAAAUAUAUAUAAUACGAAAGGUAUCAAUUUUAAAGAUAAUCAACUACUCACUUUAACCAUACCAUUUGAAGUACCAGUCAAUGACGAUAUUCUCCUCUGCGUCUCUUACAACGUUGUCCACUAUGAUUUUAAAUGCCCAAAAGAUAUGCUGUUGAAUUACCUUUUACCUACUAUCGAGCAAUAUGUAGAUAUAGUUUGUCAUCGUGCAACUCAACUGAGAUCCAAUUGCCUUAUUCUAUUCUUUAAAGAUCAAAAAGAAGUCCUAUACGAAAUGACAUUAUAUCCCAGGGAUUUACCAGAUUCAAUCCCCAUCAUUUAUUAG